AUGGCAAUACAGCAAUUCUACUUACGGCCGCUUGUGAGUUUUCAUUAUGAUAUUGCUCACGAUAUUAGAGAGUUUCCGAUCGCCGACGCAGCUACGACGGGGACGUUUGCGAGGCCUGGAAAUAGCGCGGUCAGAAAAAAUUGCAUACCCCCCGUGAUUACUUCUCGUCCGGCCUACGACGCAAAAUUCGAAAAUUUCCGUCGGAGGAAGAACGCAGAAUUUUUAAACCUUAUCAAAUCGACCUAUUUCAGAGGGAAAAUGGCAACAGAACCACUAUCCAAAGAAAUGGAAAGCCGACCCGUGCACAAAAUGACAUGGACCAAGCAGCAUGAUGUGCUACUUUGUAGAGAAGUGCUGGUUGUCCAGCCAUUUCAAUUUAGGCAUGGCACCCAUGACCGAGGGCAAUGCUGGGAGCGAAUUGCCAAUAAUUUGAAUUUGGUGGAGCAUCCUCACUUCAUAGUUGACCAAAGGUCAGUGAGAGAUCGCUUCACCAAACUUGAAAAAGAUUUUAAAAGGAAAAAGGCCAGCGAGGAAAGAGCCAGUGGUAUCAGUCCAGAAGAGCCUGAUGAGCUGGAUCAGGCUCUUGAGGAUAUUACAGAGACUGCAAGGGAGCAGCAAGAACAGUUGUUGAGGGGAGAGGUAAAGAAGAAAAAUGACAUUGAGAAAGAAAAAGAAACAGCAGAGGCAGUGAGGAAGAGGGCAAUGGAGAGAAUGGGGGAGACAAGGGAGAGGGAGAAUGUAGAAAGAGAGAGGAAGAAGAAAAGGCAUGGGGGGAUACAGUGGAGUAUUUAUAGGAAAAGAGAGCACAGGAAGUCAAAAAGUGAGAAAGAAUUUGAGUUGAAGAAGCGAGAUCUGGAGUUAAAGGAAAAGAUGCAGGAAGAAGAGAUAAAGAUGAGAAGGAAAGAGCAAGAAAUAAAAGAGAGGGAACAACUUAUGAGGGACAGGGAAUUGGAGGCAAGGCUCAAGAAAGAUGAUGAAGUUAUAAAUAUUUUAAGACAACAGCUGCAGCAGCAACAACAGGCUAUUUUGGAAGAGGUACAGCAGCAAAACAAAUUGCUACUGUCUCUUUACCAAAGUAGCCUGGAAAAGAAGGAAUGACCAGGUUAAGACUCAUAGUAAAAAUAAUGGAACCUCCAAGUGAAAAUGCUGGUAUUAUUAGUACCAACAGAUCCUCUGUUUAUAAAACUCAUAAAUGCCAGAUAAAAUUCAUAUCCAAACAUUCCUUCUUUUCAAGUAAGAACUUAAUGACUAUAUUAUAAAGUAAGAACAAAUUUUAGAAAAAAAUUUUUGGCAAUUUUUGUUAUAAAACCUGACCUAAUACAGAGCUUGAAGGACCAUGCCUACCGCUCCCCCUCCCCCCCCCCCACUGCUUUGAUGCACUAGUUAUAAAGACUUCUUCAUGAGACAUAUUUCCCCAUUAUGCAAGUUUAGCUUGCCCCUUUUUUGGAAUGCUACUACAGGCCCUCUAGCUCCUGUAUAGUUUUUUGGUUCUGAGUUCAAAAUUUCAUAAAAUUUAUUGAGGCCUUUUCUUGAGGCUCUUCUAGAACUACUAUAUAAUUAGCACUAUACAUCUAAUAGACAAACAACUCACUUUAAUACACAAUUUUGUCUAGUCUCAAAAGUAUGUAUAUUUUCCUUCCACCCAUUUGUUUAGUCAUUUUCUUAUAAAAAUAUAAGCAUAUCCUGCAUGCUGUUGUUUCAAUUUGAAUUUAGAACUUUGAAAGAUAUGUUUCUAUAUAACCAUAGCUUUAUAGUUGUUCUUGAUGUAAUGUGAUGCUUUAUUUUUCAACAUUAACUUUUUUAGAUUAGAAAUUGUCAAUUGCAGUUAAGGAUUUCUCUUGUUAAUUGUUCUUAAACUUCAAGGCUGGACUGUCCUUAAUAUGUUCCUAAAUAAUUAGGUUGCAAGUAGAGAAAUUUUUAGACAGGAACAUUUUACUGAAGUACUAAUGGCCUUUUAUUUUCAUUUAGAUAACAAUUUUCUUAAAAAAUAAUCUUAAUAUCAAUUUUCUUAAUAGCAAUGUUCUGACAGGUUAUGCAUUGAAAAGCCUAUUUCAACAAGCUUUAUAUUCAAAAUCACCUUGUAAAAUAUCCCAGCCUUAGAUUGUUCUCAAAUUUUUACUAUUUUUGUGUCAGUUUUCAGGCUCAUGUCCUGAUAAAAUAGUUCUACAAGACGAGAUUGUGAUUUGGAAUUAAUGAAAUGUUGCUCUUUACAACUCAGUGUGUUCGAAGUGAUAUACUGUUUGUUUUGGAAAAGUCACAUUUACUUAAGUUCUAUCAAUGGUUAACUCAAUAGGUUAAUUUUUUGUUUAUCAAUAUUAAUUAUCCCAUACACUGAGAUUUCUAUCAUGUGUGAUAAGAUAAAUCUAAACUUGGUAGCUUUGGUAGCUUUUAAAAAAACUGUUUGGUAGCUUUUAAAAAAGCUGUUUGGUAGCUUUUAAAAAAGCUGUUUGGUAGCUUUUAAAAAAGCUGUUUUUAUCUGAAGUAUUCUUCAAGAAGUGGUGGCUGCAGAUUGAAAAAAGCAGAUGUGUUGUUCCCAUACAGGCAAGUAAGUGCAUUGCGUAGUAGGGCACAAACAACAUAAGUCUUUCCAACUGCACUGAGGCCAAUCUUCAGAUCUUUCUUGAAGUCUGUGAAUUUAAAAUAAUUCACAAUAUCACCAAACACCCAUUCAACAGAAAUACGAACCCUCCUCAUGGAUUGAUUGAAGGCUUGCUCUUGAACAGUGAGGUUUGGUCUUCUUGCGAAGGGGCAUUGGAGAAAAACUCUUUGAGGAUAUGCAGGAUCUCCAUAGAUGCACAAAGGCUGGCCAUCAGGUGUAAAGGAAUGUUGCUCCAACUGAUUUAAAAGACCUGACAUUGCCAGGAUGCCACUGUCAUGCCUUCUUCCUUCAACUGGACCAAAGAGGUUUGCAAUAAGUCCAUUAGGUACCACUACCGAUUGGAACUUGAUUGCGUGCACUCUUUUAUGGCCGUUAUAGACAGCCCUUUGAUCCUGGUUUGGUCUGCAAAUGGGCCUGACUGUUCCAUCCACGAAACCCCAACAGUUGUCUAAUGCAGCACCUUUCUGAUGAAUGGCAUCUGCAUAUACCUUCAGAUUGUGGCGUGACAAUAAUGGCUGAUCAAGGUUGGCAAGGAGGUAUCCAAAUCUGUCGAAGAUAUGGUCAAUCACGAGAUUUACGACCAUACAGAGUUGUGAUACAGGCCUACCAAAACGAGGGAUGAGAUCAGCAAGUCUGCAUGGGUAAGCAAAUCUCUUUAGGGCGAUGCACAAGGCUUCGAUUUCGUCUACCACCACACCAUUCUGACGCUUGAAUAUUUCCGGGAGGCGCAAAGCAGCUGCAAGUCUAAAAAUGUCAUCCUUUUUGAAGCGAAAUUCCACUUCACAUUCGUCUUCUCGCAUAUCAAAAUCAUUAAAACGUUCGUACUUAAAAUACGGAAGGCCAACGUGCAAGUUUUUCGGGUGGUCAU